AUGGGAAGAGGAAAGUUAUCGACUACUUCAACUGCUAUCAGCAGAACCACUCUAAAUCAAAGACAAGACUCCCUUUCCUUGGUCGUAGAUGGCCAACCUGAACCUCUCAAUGUCAUUGUGCCACCCAUAAUCUCCUCUUACAAUGAGAGGAUUCGACCAGUUCUUGAUGCAGUUGAGAAUCUGAGACGCCUCAACAUUACCAAGGAAGGUAUACAGCUUCCGACCAUUGUUGUUGUGGGUGAUCAGUCCUCUGGUAAGUCCAGUGUCCUAGAAUCUCUCGCAGGAAUCAGUUUGCCGCGGGGACAGGGAAUCUGCACGAGGGUACCUUUGGUCAUGAGGCUCCAGAGCCAUCCUCUACCAAAACCAGAGCUUGUGUUGGAGUUUAAUGGCAAAGCUGUUUCAACAGAUGAACAAAACGUCUCUGAUGCUAUAAACUUGGCCACUAAUGAGCUUGCGGGAAUUGCAAAGGGGAUUUCUAACACACCUUUGACUUUAUUGGUGAAGAAGUAUGGUGUUCCUGAUCUCACCAUGGUGGACCUUCCAGGUAUAACUAGAGUUCCUGUUCAUGGACAACCUGAGAACAUUUAUGACCAGAUUAAAGAUAUAAUCAUGGAAUAUAUCAGACCUGAGGAGACUAUUAUAUUGAAUGUUCUCUCUGCUACUGUUGAUUUUCCGACAUGUGAAUCCAUUCGUAUGUCACAGAGUGUUGAUAGAACAGGAUCAAGAACUCUCGCUGUUGUGACAAAGGCAGACAAGGCACCAGAAGGGCUUCUGGAAAAGGUCACUGCUGAUGAUGUUAACAUAGGACUUGGCUAUGUUUGUGUUAGAAAUCGAAUUAAUGACGAGACAUAUGAAGAAGCUCGAAUGGAGGAAGGUUUGCUGUUUGAGAACCAUCCACUUCUCUCCAGGAUAGACAAAUCGAUUGUCGGUAUUCCGGUUCUGGCUCAGAAGCUUGUUCAGCAUCAAGCUUCAAUUAUUUCAAGAACACUGCCUGAGAUUGUUAGAAAGAUCAACGAGAAGCUCAAUUCUCAGCUUUCUGAGCUGGAUAACUUGCCAAAGAACCUGACUUCUGUGGCUGAUGCUAUGACUGCCUUCAUGCAUAUAGUUGGGCUGGUGAAAGAGUCACUCAGGAAAAUUCUUGUCAGAGGAGAAUUUGAUGAGUACCCAGAUGACAAAAACAUGCAUUGCACUGCUCGUUUGGUCGAGAAGCUCAAUGAUUACUCAAAAGAUCUCUAUGAAUGUUCUGAAAGCAACCACACAAAGAAUUUUCUAAUGGAAGAAAUAAGGCUACUGGAGGAAGCCAAGUGGAUUGGCCUCCCAAAUUUCAUGCCCCGCACAGCUUUUCUCGCUUUAUUGCAGAGCAAAGUGAAAGGAAUUGCACUGAGGCCUAUUGAGUUCGUUGAUGAUGUGUGGGAUUAUCUGGAGAAGGUGCUGAGCGACGUCAUAACCCGCCAUUCAGAAAACUACUACCAGCUUCUGAAGUCAACAACCAGAGCUGGAGAAAAUCUGAUUGCUAGAAUGAGAGAGAAUUCAAAGAAGCAUGUAAUGGAGGCUAUUGAAAUGGAGAAGCUGACAGAUUACACUUGUAAUCCAGAGUACAUGGCUGAAUACACUAGGCUCAUGGCUCAGCAUGAUUCCUUCAUGAAACAAGUAUUUGACGAUGAUCUAGUUCCAUCUACAGUGAUCCUAGAAGGCCUUGGAGAGGUUGAGGUUGGUCAUCUGAGACAGUGCAGAAAUGUUCUUCAGAAUGCAUUUGACUUGAAGAUGAGGAUGGUAGCUUAUUGGAAGAUUGUGCUGAGGAGGCUGAUUGAUACCAUAGCCCUGCAUCUGCAACUCAGUAUAAAUUUACUGAACAGAGAGUUGGAGAAGGAGAUCACUUUUGGGUUGAUGUCUACGACUGGAGGAAUUGAGCUUUUGAAGGAAUCACCCUCAAUAGCCGGGAAGCGUUCAAAGCUUAACAGAAGUGUUCAGGUUCUGAGGGAAAGUAAGGAAGUUGUAGCAAACAUAAUGGACCGCAUCUCCAGCUGUGGAGAUUAG